AGGGGGGAAAAAGGGAAAGAACCCACACACCAAUCUCUGAGGGGAUGCCAGUGAGGUGUGGCUUGUAUUUAAAUAUCCAAUAUGUCAAUGGAAGGGGAGUGGGUACGUAUAUAAAGUGCCCUUUGCAUCUGAUAGUUCCACGAAGCCAGCUAUGAGAGGCCAGGAGAGAUGGAUGCGGAGGGGAAGCCGCACUUUAACUGAGAGCAAGGUCAGGAGCGCGCUGCCUCACGCUCCCCGCCGCUGAGAAGUUCUUUGGACGCGAACAGACGUGUGCUGCAGCUAGGCAGAGCGCGGAGCCGAGCAGCGAGCGAGAGCCGCCGACCAGCCCGCGCCCGCCACAAGGAGAGGCAGUUCGCGCCCCGCGGCCCCAGCUCAGCCCCGCAAUGGCGGAGGUGGGGGGCGUCUUUGCCUCCUUGGACUGGGACCUGCACGGCUUCUCCUCGUCCCUGGGGAACUUGCCCUUAACUGAUUCCCCGGGUUUCCUGAACGAGCGCCUGGGCCAGAUCGAGGGGAAGCUGCAGCGGGGCUCGCCCACAGACUUCGCCCACCUGAAGGGAAUCCUGAGGCGCCGCCAGCUCUACUGCCGCACGGGCUUCCACCUGGAGAUCUUCCCCAACGGCACGGUGCACGGCACCCGCCACGACCACAGCCGCUUCGGAAUUCUGGAAUUUAUCAGCUUGGCUGUGGGCCUGAUCAGCAUCCGAGGAGUGGACUCUGGCCUGUACCUAGGAAUGAAUGAGCGAGGAGAGCUAUAUGGAUCGAAGAAACUCACACGCGAAUGUGUUUUCCGGGAACAGUUUGAAGAAAACUGGUACAACACCUAUGCCUCCACCUUGUACAAACACUCGGACUCGGAGAGACAGUACUAUGUGGCCCUGAAUAAAGACGGCUCACCCCGGGAGGGAUACAGGACUAAACGACACCAGAAAUUCACUCACUUUUUACCCAGGCCAGUAGAUCCUUCUAAGUUGCCCUCCAUGUCCAGAGACCUCUUCCGCUAUAGGUAAAGGACCUCUGGUGCCACCUCUGUGACCCAUGUACUCUGUGGCCAUGGUUGGCUCUGCAAACUUUAUACUCGUAGCUUUUCCAUUUUUCCUUCCUAUCAAUUAGAUAACAGAGAAGCACUUACUGUUCAACUUGACCCAGCUGUCACCUUGUUCAAAGUGUAUAUCAAGGUUGGGUUAUUUUUGGGGAGGGACAUGGGGGGAGGGGUAGUGUCGAGGGAAUCUUGUAUAUACUUUUUUGCUUUACUCAUGUUCUUUCCCGUGAGCUGGCAUGACAAGAACGGGAGCCCCUACUAAGGGCCAAGGCCUUCUUGCCUCACGAUCUACCCAGAUACCUUGAGAUGUGGUGCAAACGAACGACCAAGAACUCUGCCGCAGAUGCUACCUAAAAGAGCUUUGGGAGAGAGUCAUGUGGAAAAUCCUAGGGGCUCCAGCCCUGCUGCAAGCCAUCCCUGCCCUGGCUCUGCAGAUCUCUCAUUCGUCCUGACAUGCAGUCUUCCUGCCACCGGAAGUGGGAGAUAUGGGGUAGGUUGUAAGGAAAUGAUAUUAAAAUGUAAGCAUGGAUACUGUGCAUAAGGACAAACUAUUUAUGAAAUGUAUAUGCUAUUUAUUUUAUAUAUUUAUUUAUUUCAAAAUAAUUUUAUUUUUAAUGAGAGAUGCUGUGACUGGAUUUUCAUCAGAAAGAAUAAGGUCCUACUGAAACAGGAAAAAAAAUGAGUUAUUAAAGGCUUUUA